AUAAAAUCGUAACAACUCGGCCUUUUUUGACUACUCGUCUUCUCGCAAACAGCAGCAGCAGUGAAUUAGGAAUUUUCUGAGAGCGGAAGAAUGGGGCACUCAAACGUGUGGAACUCCCAUCCAAAGAACUACGGCCCUGGAUCUCGUACCUGCCGUGUGUGCGGGAAUCCCCACGGAUUGAUUCGAAAGUAUGGGCUGAUGUGUUGCAGGCAGUGCUUCCGCAGCAACGCCAAGGAAAUUGGCUUUAUCAAGUACCGUUAAGGAAUGAAUCCUUCCGUCUGGGCCCUCGUGGAGAGGUUAUGGAUUUUGGCUCUGCUUGUCUUGGCUUUAGUUUUUAGAUUUCUUGCAGCUUAAGAUUGAUAACUGGUUAAUGAUCUAUUAAAUAUUAAUGAUGCAAGUCAUGUGACUGGUAAACUAAGGAAUUUUGUUUUUCAUAGAUUUAUUUGGUUCUUAAAAGUAACUUUAAGUUCUUUUUUAUUAUUGAA